UCUUGCCAAUCAAAUUAGCGCCAUCUGCAGGUGAUUGCUGCUGUAGCGGCAUCAGGGAGAGGAGUUAAUUAGACUCAAUAUGAAUAGACCCUGCCCUGGCCUUGCAAUUCGAGGAGUGUCUUUCCUUCCUGUCCUCUGCCCCCCAUGCACCUUCUCCCUCCUGGCCCCUUAGCUCCAGCCUGUGUGAGCAGAGGCUGGACGCUCCUCUACCUAGAGUCACUCGCCACUGCCUAGUCUGUGUCAGGAGCAGGCCCCGAGUUCCUGGGGGUUCCAGUGGGAAGAACCCAAGUGUGCACAUUUUCUGUGCUUUUCCACAUCUGGUACCAUUUGGUGGCUGAUUCAGGCAGCGCCCUCCCCCUCCCCCAUCCAUCCCUCUGUUUCCAGCCUCUUUUUCACUCUGCGGCCAGGGUUUCUCUCCUGUUUCUCCACGUGUGGGGAGUUGAACUGAGACCAUGUAUGGACAGGGUGCCUGCAGGGACCAUGCACCUUUUAGGGAGACGGGAAAUGUUGCCCCUUCUCUGAAUUCCCCUACUGUCCCUACCAACUCCCCAGUCCCUGGUCCUGCCCUCGCCCUCCCUCAAUCCCUUAACGGGCAUCAGCUGCCUCCUGUGAGCUCCUGGCCCCACCAGAUGCUCUCUGCCCUGUGCAGGCGGGUGGGAUGAGGCUGUGCUGGGUGGGAGGGGUGAGCGUGGGGUGGUCCUGAAGCUCCGCUUCGCCCACACAGGCACCAUGACUCCCGUGAGGACCCAGCACUGCUUGGCAGGUCAGACGUACGCGGUGCCCCUCAUCCAGCCAGACCUGAGAAGGGAGGAGGCCAUCCAGCAGGUGGCGGAUGCCCUGCAGUACCUCCAGAAGGUCUCCGCAGACAUCUUUAGCAGGAUCUCCCAGCGAGUGGAGCUGAGCCGGAGCCAGCUGCAGGCCAUCGGGGAGAGGGUCUCCUUGGCCCAGGCCAAGAUUGAGAAGAUCAAGGGCAGCAAGAAGGCCAUCAAGGUGUUCUCCAGCGCCAAGUACCCGGCUCCAGAGCACCUGCAGGAACACAGCUCCAUCUUCACGGGCGCCCAGGACCCUGGCCUGCAGAGACGCCCCCGCCACAGGAUCCAGAGCAAACACCGGCCCCUGGAUGGGCGGGCUCUACAGGAGAAGCUGCAGUACUUCCCGGUGUGUGUGAGCACCACGCCGCAGCCCGAGGACGCCGCCGAGGAGGGGCUGGGGGCUCUUCCCAGCAACAUCAGCUCUGUCAGCUCCUUGCUGCUCUUCAGCACCACUGAGAACCUGUACAAGAAGUAUGUCCUCCUGGACCCCCUGGUUGGUGCUGUCACAAAGCCCCAUGUGAUGCUGGGAGCAGAGACAGAGCUGUCUGAUGCCCCCUUGUCCAUCAGCAAGAGGGAGCAGCUGGAGCAGCAGGUUCCAGAGAACUACUUCUAUGUGCCAGACCUGGGCCAGGUGCCCGAGAUCGACGUGCCAUCCUACCUGCCUGACCUGCCCGGCAUCGCGGAUGACCUCACGUACAGCGCUGACCUGGGGCCUGGCAUCGCCCCCUCUGCCCCUGGCACCAUUCCAGAACUGCCCACCUUCCACACAGAGGUAGCUGAGCCUUUCAAGCCAGACCUAGCAGAUGGGGUGCUAAGCACGCCGCCACCACCUCCACCCCCACCGCCGCCUCCCCCAGCUCCUGCAGCGCUGGUCAGCACCCCCCUUCCCCAGACUGUGGCCCCUGCAGGCCAAGGUGCCAGGGAGGACGACAGCGGCAGCAGCGUGUCCCCUUCAGCUCCGGUCCAGGGAGCGCCCAGGGAGGUGGCCGAGCCCUCCAGCGGCCGGGCCUCUCUGCUGGAGUCCAUCCGCCAGGCUGGGGGCAUCGGCAAGGCCAAGCUGCGCAGCGUCAAGGAGCGCAAGCUGGAGAAGAAGAAACAGAAGGAGCAGGAACAAGUGAGAGCCACAGGCCAAGGCGGGGACCUGAUGUUGGAUCUCUUUAACGAGCUGGCCGUGAGGCGCAAAGGUAGGAGCCACAGCUGCCUUCCCUGGGCUGGGCCUGCGGUAUUUCGCAUCUCCCAUGUUCUCCUUUCUUAA